GUAUAAAAUAUCAAGGGAUAAAACUGUAAUUUCAGUCAACAGUGGACUGUAUAUAUAAACUCAGGUGAGGGCACGCAUGGCCUUGAAUUAUAACUGAAACCCCAACAGAAACACGAAAAAGAGGAGAUGGUUGAUGAAGCUGAGAAAUUGGCGAGCGCAGCCGUCAAGGAGGAAGGAGAGGAAAGCGCACUGGUAAAAUCCAAGUCGAAGGAGGAUGAGGAGAUCGGCGAUAAAUCAGGCGGAGCUACAGCAGCUGCGGCGGCGCCGACGGCUGCGAACGUAGCUGCUCCGCCGCGUGCUGUGCAUCCUUUGGAGAAUGCUUGGACGUUCUGGUUUGACAAUCCUUCCGCCAAAUCGAAGCAGGUGGCUUGGGGAAGCUCCAUUCGGUCUAUAUAUACCUUCUCCACCGUCGAAGAUUUUUGGAGUGUUUACAAUAAUGUGCACCAUCCAAGCAAGCUUGCAGUUGGAGCAGAUUUUUAUUGUUUCAAAAACAAAAUUGAGCCAAAAUGGGAAGAUCCUGUUUGUGCUAACGGGGGGAAGUGGACAGUCAGUUUCUCCAGGGGCAAAUCUGAUACCUGUUGGCUCUAUACACUUUUGGCUAUGAUUGGAGAACAAUUUGAUUAUGGUGAUGAAAUAUGUGGGGCAGUUGUCAAUGUCCGGGCUAGGCAGGAGAAAAUUGCUCUGUGGACAAAGAAUGCUGCAAAUGAAGCUGCUCAGCUGAGCAUUGGAAGACAAUGGAAGGAAUGUCUGGACUACAAUGACACAAUUGGCUUCAUAUUCCAUGAGGACGCCAAGAGGCACGACCGCGGUGCUAAGAAUCGUUACACCAUAUAAGCCAGGUGCUAGCUACAUUAGUCACUCACUACUAUUAGCCACCACACGCAGCCCAUCUGAAU